GAUUCUAACAACUUUCUAGUUGUACAUACUCACCCCCUAUAAUCAUAACUAGAAGAGACGCUGCGUACAAACAGCGUAGUGGUCAUCACUCCGUUUCUCUCGCACAUCGCACGAAGGCCUUUCACUUUACCACUCCGACGGUCACCCGCCAAGCAAGCACGAAUAGUAUUAGGACACGACAUUCUGCUUGGCCACUUAUUCGGGCGGUGUUGCAUCAUUGACCGUUUCACAAGUUUCCAACUUACGUUCACAAAACACAGAGCACGGUAUUCUACAUUCUGUAUAAUAUCGGCAGCCUUGGUUUUUCUCAAUCGCACUGCACGAUAACACGCAAUAAUGUCUUCCACUGCAACAACGUGUCAACCACACCAGAAUAACACCGAGAUAAUGUUAGAAACGCCUGAUCUUGCUGUCAGGCCUCAAAAAGUUCAAGCAACUUCACCACCAACAGGCUCCAUUACCGAACCGCUUUCGCCUCAACCUCCACCAGCCUACCUCCAGCCCCAAAGCACCCCCAAGGUGGACUCUACACCGAAGGAUUCCGGGACAUCGGCGAGCAGUGCUUUGACUCCGCCAAAGCUCCUGUCCACCCAUCUUGUGAAGCAUCCGAAUCACACGGUUGCGAAAGCUAUUAGGACCAACUUCCCACAACCUAAUCCAUUGCUACGUUUAAUCAAAAGAUUCAGAGUCAAACAUAGUGUCAUCGAGGGUUUGACGGAGCAGGAAAUGAGAAAAUGCGAAGAGAGAGGAGAAGAACUAAGGCGGAAAGCAGGAUGGAAGUUUGAAGGUGAAAAGGGAGAAGGCGCGGUUGUUAGCCAACUGUUUUGGAAGAUGUACAUAUCGUUGUUGCCCACGUUAGAUCGCGACCCUCUGUCUGGUCUUGUUCCCCCAGACCUGCUGGGUUCAACAACCACUAUGCCGCUAUCGAUCAUCUCUCUGAUUCCUGAUAUCAUGCAGCAUUAUCGCGAUGUCAUCGUACGUGCAAAAAAGGAGGUCUUCCUAGCCACCAACUAUUGGCAGCCGUCCAAUUCUGUCAAUACGAUCUCACAAGCUUUGCACGAUCUUUCAGCGCGAGUUUUGAAAGAGGGCAGGCCUAAAGUGAUAGUCAAGAUCAUGUAUGAUCGAGGAUCAUGGGAACAACUGUGGAAUGCCCAUGCGCCGGUGCACCAUAGUGAAUGGACACCGCUUGAUCUUCCGGCAAAGGAAGACACAAAAGGUCUGGACAUGGAAGUGAUAAAUUUCCACAAGGUUUUGUUGGGCACCUUCCACGCAAAGUUUUUGAUUGUAGACAGAAAAGUUGCUCUUAUCAAUAGUAACAAUAUCCAAGAUCGUCCCAAUCUCGAACUCAUGUCCCACUUUGAAGGCCCUGUCGUCGAUGCUUUUUACGAGAUCGCUCUUCACUCGUGGUACAACCGCCUUAAUCCACCUCUUCCUUGCAUGACCAAACCUUACGAACCUCCUCGUGGCCCCGAUGGAAAGGUUCACUAUCUCUUCCAAGACCAAAAUCCGUAUUUCGAUGAUAUUGAAAUCCUCAAAGCUGCCAAAGCUGCCCGUAUACUGUUGCGACGUCAGACAAAGGACAAUGAGGCAGAAGCUGCCCACCAUGAAGGUGCGGGAGAAAGGUUAAGAGAAGCAGUCAGAAAAGUAGUGGAUCAGCAAAGGCAAAGCUUAGCGGAUUGGAAACCAGGAGAGGAGUUUGAGGCGAAAGCCCAGACUGCGAUGAAAGAGUUACGGGAGUUCAAGGAUAGGUGGGGUCUGGGUAUGGGUAUGAUGGGCACCGGCAGCAGAGCUAACUCGAGGGGGCCAAGUAGAAGGCCCAGCAAAGAAAAACACCGUGACGAGGAGAAGACACAUACUUUGCCGGCGCCUUCGGAAGCCAAUUCGUCCCCUACAAUUACAGCUGAACUUCCACCGAAAUCGAAAACAUACCCACUUCCAAAUGACAGGACGGAUGGUGUCUGGAAUUCCUACAUUUUGGGCGAUGAAAUUCCCCGUGAAAACGAAUCAGAUGUUAUCUCCCGACACAGUCCGGAGGGGGGAUGUGUGGCUGAGGAACGCGCGUUGUCGAAGAAACACGUGUGUUUUGCGCCUCUAGAAAUGAAGGGAGUGGAUGGUAUGGGUAAAAUCUUUCCGGACGCUGGAACAACUGAGUCGCCAAACAUCACAACCACUCAUCUCCCUCUGGAAACGACUCAGGAUGCGUCAUCAAACUGCUCACCGAUUGAGGACAUCACUCCUCAAACAGGGUUUCACGUCCAGAAUAGUACUAUUCCGGAAGAGGAUGCAACAUACACGGCCGAUUCUAUUGCCACAAAACCAGCCUCCAAGAUGGACGGUCCUCGUACUUCAGAAACACGGACUAGGGAGCCUCCUGCCAGCGAGACAAAUGAGCCCUUACCAUUAUCUGCUCAAAUGCCUGAAGAGUCUGGAGAAACAUACGAAAAGACCAAGAAGCACCUCGAAAUGGACAUUUCUCAAGAAAAAAACGCCUGGAAACCCAAAAAGGAAGAGAUCCAGCCGGAAGGAACUGGUAGUAGAAGGAUGUUCCAGUUGUCUAAGAAGUUUAACGCAGGCGCACUCUCAGAUGCGUGGGCUACCGUUGAAGACUCAGACGAGCUCGACAACUUCAGACCGCAUGUAGUUCAUGCUCCUCACGACCCUUUCCCAAUCGCGAUGUGCUGCCGAAAGCCGCAUGGCUUGCCUGGACAUCACGAUAUCCGCAACCCUCAAAAUGCCGCGUGGCUUGCUGGUUUUCGAUACGCUAAGAGAAAGGUGUUCGUACAGACACCUACUCUUAACGCCCGUCCGAUCGUUCGUGCAAUCAAACAAGCUUGUCGAAGAGGAGUAGAAGUUGUCCUUUUGCUAGAUUUGGGUUUCAACGACAAAGGUGAAUCUAUCCCUUUCCAAGGUGGUACGAAUGAAGAGGUUGUCGACAGGCUGUAUAAGAAGUUGUCCUCGGAGAAGAAAGAGCAGUACCUCAAAGUAUAUUGGUACACUGGAAAGGACCAAGUCAGGCCCCUCAAUGCCGUCAAGAAGCAGCGGAACUGCCAUAUCAAAUUUGCGGCGUACGAUGAUGAAGUGCUGAUUAUUGGAAAUGGAAAUCAAGAUUCACAAUCCUGGUUCCAUUCUCAAGAAGUCAAUGUCAUGAUUGAUUCCAAGCAAAUCGUGGCGGAAAUGAUGGAUACACUUCUCUCGAACCAGAACACCAUCAAAUACGGUCUGGUCAGCUCCGAUGGUAUCUGGCGUGAUAAGGAUGGUCACACGUUGGAGCAUUAUGGGGCGACCGCGAAAGGGGCAUUCCGUGGAUUGUCGGGUUUCAUCGCGUUCGCCAAAUCAAUCUAAUCAUUUAUUUGUCUUUUUAUAGAUGUUCCGUUUGUCUUAUUUGUAGAUUAGUACAUAUACAGCAUUUCCUCAUCUUGUUCGUAUACAUAUACGUUCAGUAUUGUUAUUAGUGGAUCACGGUCUUUAUAAAUAUCCAUGCAUGGUCUCAUGUCCC